AUGGCGUUCUCAGGCGCGCUCACAUUGACAGACCUGAACGACUAUCUAGGUCCGUCUCAAGCAUGCAUCAAGCCUGUAGAAGCGCCACAGAGUGCAAGUGGUGCGCCUGAGUCGACGAUUUCCAUGGAGGAUGGUGUUUAUGUCGAAGCACCCGUUGGCGCACCUCGCGCGCGCACGCAGCUGGAAACGGCGCAGAUCUCGUUGAAUGACUGUCUUGCGUGUAGCGGCUGCGUCACAAGUGCAGAAACUGUCUUGAUUGGUGUGCAAAGCCUGGAUGAGGUACGCAAGGAGCUGCAACGAAAAGAUGACCGCAUUUUCGUGGCUAGCAUUAGCUCACAGACCAUGGCAUCACUUCAAGCACGCAUGGCGCUACCGAUGCACGCCGUGUGGGAUCGUGUGACGCGCUCUCUGCGCUCUAUCGGCUUCGAUGUUGUCCAGGAUAUGGCAUUGGCUCGUCACAUGUCGCUCAUGGAAACGGUGCGUGAAUUUCGCACACGAUACCAAGCACGCUGGCACGGCACCAAAGAUGCACCGAAGCUUCCGAUGCUCGCUAGCGCAUGCCCCGGAUGGGUAUGCUAUGCUGAAAAAGCACAUGCUGAGCUGCUCCCGUACGUGGCUACCACGAAAUCGCCUCAGCAGCUCGCCGGAUUGUUGGCCAAGCGCGUCUGGGGUCCGCAAUGCCGCGGACGCGAUAUGUCUGACGAAAACGCCCAAUAUGUAUACCAUGUGGCUGUGAUGCCAUGCUAUGACAAAAAGCUCGAAGCUGCAAGGCAGGAACCAGGGCAGGCGUCCAAGGAGGUCGAUUGUGUGUUAACGACAGGCGAACUGUACGACCUCACGAUCGAUGUAGAUGUGAGUGCAAAGGCAGAACAGACAUCGUUGACAUGGCCACCUGAACCAGGCUCCAGCAGCGGUGGCUACCUGUUCGCUGUACUGCUAGACGCCUACGUGUCGUGGACCCAGGCACAUCCCGAUACCCAGCCACUUGUGGAGCUCCGUACGAUACGAUCAUCCGAUUAUACCGAGUACACGCUGCGCGCGCCGGACGGCACGGUGAUUUUCAAAGGCGCCACCUGCUACGGCUUCCGCAACAUUCAGAAUUUGGUCCGCAAGGUGCAGCGCGAAACAGGCGCCAAAAGCUCGCGCGGUCGCGGACGGAUGCGCAGCAUGGUGACGGCUGAUCAGCAACAUCCCUACGACUAUGUUGAGGUGAUGGCAUGCCCAGGUGGGUGUGUCAAUGGCGGCGGCCAGCUAAGACCACCUGAAGAUUGGGCCCAUGCCAUCGAGACGGAGGCGCAAAACAGCACAGUUCAGGGCUGGCAAGGUACGGAUCGUCGCUGGGUACAGCACGUGGAAGAUGCCUACUGGAACGACGAAAACCGGAAGGUAUCCGUAGAGUCGGCAUCCGCGUUGCUGGAGGACGCGGCGCGUGGCUCGUUGCGUUCGUGGCUCAAUACAUGGGAUGAGCGGGCGUCGGAUAUGGUGCGGCGGUUCCCGCAUGGCGAUUUGCACACAACGUUUCAUGCAGUGGCUUCAAGUACCGAUGGACUCAGUGUACAAUGGUGA